AUGGAUUGGAAAAAUGCAAAGUUUCUAUUCGCAUCGACAGCGGCUGUAAUGGUUGCUAGCCAAGUGGUGAAAAAGAUAUGCAAGUAUUUCUACAACCUAAAAAGUAAACCUGAAACUGAAACGACCGAGGAUGACGCGUGUAGUGAUGUUAUAAGCUAUAAGAAUCGGGAAAUAAACGAUGUGAUUUUAUUUUCUGAUGAUGUUGUAAGACAUACCAUUAAAGUUCCAUCGAAUAAAGGCGUAAGCAUAUGUGAAAGUAGAGAAUUGAACUGUUUUAAAUUAAUAAAGUACAUAAAGUCAGCACGAGAAACAUUGGAUGUUUGUAUGUAUCUUAUAACGAGCACUGAAAUAGCAGAACAAAUUAUAAGGUUAGGACAGAAACAUGUGCUAGUAAGAAUUGUUGUUGACAGUGAUAUGGCCUUCACACCUCCAUCACAAAUCAAAAGAUUAAAAGAAUAUAGCUUCAUUCAGGUUCAAACAAAUAAAAAGUCAAUACUUAUGCAUCACAAGUUCUGCAUUAUUGAUGGACCAAAAGCAGUUAAAAGAAAAAACGCCCUCAAAGCUUAUGCCGAAAAAUUAAAUGUCCAUGCGCAGUUAGUAAGGCAAAAUGUAAAAGUUUCAAAAACAAAAGUGGUUAGAGGAUUUGUUAUGUCUGGUUCACUUAAUUGGUCUACACAGGCAAUGGUCUCGAAUCAUGAAAGUGUGAUUGUUACCUCAAAUUCCAACAUCUUGAGUAAGUUCGAAAAAGAAUUUGAAAGCCUAUGGGAAGAAGAUGAACCGUAUAAUAGAAAGGUUUUGUUUUAUUUCGUAAUAGUGAAGUGGUUUCAGAUAUCACCAACCAAAAUGUCUAACAUCAACAUCCAGUGUAAUAUCAAUGCUGAGGCCAUAGUGAUUCUUCCAAAUAGUGUGAUUUUAGUAAAUAUUAAGUAUAAAACGUGA